UGUGCGGGCCCGGGAGCGGCGGCAGCGGCCGGAGGCCGGGGAGGCGGCAUUGGCGGAGCUGGGAGGCGGCCCCGGCGCAGGAUUUCUUAUAUCCAGGGCGUGGCUGGAUGGAGGAGGAGGAGAAGCCCCAGAGAUCCUGCCCGGGGAGUGGCUGCAAACCCAGCCCAGGGAGCUGCAGGGAGGAAAGAGCCCCCCUGAGCCAGGAAGGCAGCCGGAGAUCCAGCCGGAGCUCAGAGCUGGUGGAGAAGGCUCAUGACAGGGAGAAGCCGCACAAGUGCUUGGAAUGUGGGCAGGGCUUCAGCCGGAGCUCCAAGCUGAUCCGGCACCAGAGGAUCCACACUGGGGAACGGCCCUACGAGUGUGGGGAGUGUGGGAAGAGCUUCAGCUGGAGCUCCAGCCUGAUCCGGCACCAGAGGAUCCACACUGGGGAACGGCCCUACGAGUGUGGGGAGUGUGGGAAGGGUUUCAGAGACAGCUCCCACCUGAUCCGGCACCGGGUGAUCCACACUGGGGAACGGCCCUACAAGUGUGGGGAGUGUGGGAAGAGCUUCAGAGACAGCUCCAACCUGAACCAGCACCAGGUGAUCCACGCUGGGGAACGGCCCUACAAGUGUGGGAGGUGUGGGAAGGGUUUCAGAGAGAGGUCCAGCCUGUUUGAGCACCAGGUGAUCCACACCGGGGAACGGCCCUUUGAGUGCUUGGAAUGUGGGAAGAGCUUUGGGUGGAGGUCUGGCCUGAGAAUACACCAGCGCAUCCACACUGGGGAGAGGCCCUACGAGUGUCCCCAGUGUGGGAAGAGGUUUCAGACCACCUCCGAUCUCCUCAAACAUGAGCAGAUUCACACAGAUGAGAGGCCCUUCCGCUGCCCCGACUGCGGGAAGGGCUUCAAGCAAAACUUCAAACUCACCAGGCACCAGCGCAUCCACACCGGGGAGAGGCCCUACGAGUGUGGGGGAGUGUGGGAAGAGCUUCUCACAGAGCUCAACCUUGACAAAACACCAGCGGAGGCAUCACUAAUGGAAGCCCUGUGAAUGCCACGAGUGAGGGAGGAGAGUGAGGGAAGAGCUUCGUGCGCUGCUCCAGCUCCAUCCCCCAUGGGAGGCUCCGGGCUGCAUGAUCCCUAGUGACCCCCGUUGGGCAGAGCCCUGGUGCCCCCGUAUGGGGAAUAAAACAGAGAGUAAAACAAUGGAGCCGGUAAAGGGGCCCGAUAUCUGCGGCCCGACUGAGCAGAAACUCUGGGAGACACAGACACCGUUUAAGUCUCCGUGGGCAAGAAGUGACCAAGCAUCCUGUUGUGAGACUUUGUGAUAAGAUAAUGUUCCCAGGUGAUGUGAUGUCAUGAAGAAUGUGUAACCAAUGGAAAUUGUUAGCAAACAUCGAGCCCUAUAAGCACCACACAAGUAAAACCCUGUAUAAACAGCUGGUACGCUCAAUAAAAUUGGCUUCUGAUCUGAGCUCGGCUGUCCCCGUCUCUCCAUCGUGGACAACCCCUGUUGUGGGUGAUCCCCGUUGGGUGGGGGGAAGGUGUUGGAGGGAGUUCUUUCCCUUCUCCUUGUGCUGCUGUGGUUUGGUUGGUGAUAAAUCCCCUCCGUGUGCCCGGGCUGGGUCUGUUGUCCCCGUGCCGGUGCUCGGGGCGGGAUCUCUCCCGUUGCUUGUCUGCAGUCCCGGGCCUCUCCUCAGCCAAUGAGAGAAUGCGAUGGACAAGAGUCAGCCAAUCCGAGAGAGCGGGGCUGAUGACUCACCAGUUGCCGGGCAGACCCGCAGCAGGCAGUGUUCCCCACCUGGACCCCACCCUCCGUGCCCAGUCCCGGCCCCGCCGUGGGGUCCCCCCAAGUCCC